CCGCCCGCAGCUCCUACAGGAGGAGGAAGUGUUUCGGAAGUGGACACGGCAGGCCAGAGGAGGAAUCGAAGGAAAAGGGCGGAGGAGAGGGAGCUACCGGGGGGAUAGAGAAAAUGAUAAAGCACCGUGACUUUUAGCGGCAGGACAAUUUAUUAUAGCUCACUUAAAUAUCGCAGGACUUCACAGACACGUGGAAGCUACUUUGUCAGCGGCUAACGGCACACGUCCAUAAGCCUCCUCUCAUCUCUGUUUCUCUCCCUCCAGGUGACUGCCUGUUUGCUCUGAUUGUAGCACAAGAGAGCCGCAGCUCCUGUCCUUCAGAAGAGUCUGUCUGUCGGGGCAAGUGGGCGGGAGGGUGACGAGGAGUUGCAGGGGGCCAUGCAUCAGGGGUGAGGGGGAUUCGCACAGACACAGCAUCGGGUGAGGAGGGAGUCUGGGCAGGUCGGUGUGGAGAUGAAGCUAAAACAGCGCAUGGUGGUGCUGUGUGCCGUGCUCCUCCUGCUGGGCCUGGCCAAGAUCUUCCUGCUGGAUGGAGGCGAGGGCUCUGCAGCCAGCCGACGGGAUCUCAGAGCGUUUCGCAAGAUGGAGGCUGGCCUUUCUCUGUCCCGGGGAGCUCGCCUUACCCACACCCUGCAGUCUCCGUGGGAGAUAGCAAGCCAGUGGGUGGGCCCGAGAGAGGUGUACCCCGAGGAGACCCCAGAACUGGCCGCUGUGCUCACCUCCCUCAGCACUGCCAGGAUAGAGCGGGCAGAUGUGGGUUAUAAGGGCACGCAGCUCAAAGCCCUGCUGGUGCUGGACGGAGGACAGAAAGUGGUCUUCAAACCCAAGAGAUAUAACAGAGACUACGUGGUUGAAGGCGAGCCGUAUGCAGGAUAUGACCGACACAACGCGGAGGUGGCUGCUUUCCACCUGGACAGGAUCCUGGGGUUUAGAAGAGCACCUCUUGUGGUCGGGAGAUACGUCAACUUGCGGACAGAGAUUAAACCUGUGGCCACGGACCAGCUGCUGAGCACCUUCCUCAUGCAGGGUAAUAAUACGUGUUUCUAUGGAAAGUGUUAUUACUGUCGGGAGAGCGAGCCAGCGUGUGCGGAGGGAGAGAUCAUGGAGGGAUCAUUAACCCUUUGGCUACCAGACGUCUGGCCGCUGCAGAAACACAGACACCCCUGGGGACGCACAUACAGAGAGGGGAAACUGGCCAGGUGGGAGUACGAUGAGAGCUACUGCGAGGCGGUGAAGAAAAUGCCUCCAUACGAUGCAGGACCAAGGCUGCUGGACGUCAUCGACACAGCCAUAUUUGAUUAUCUCAUUGGGAACGCUGAUCGGCAUCACUAUGAGAGCUUCCAGGAUGAUGGCGGCGCCAGCAUGCUCAUCCUGCUUGACAACGCAAAGAGCUUUGGGAACGCAGCUCUGGACGAGCGAAGCAUCCUCGCGCCACUCUAUCAGUGCUGCAUGAUUCGUGUUUCCACAUGGAACAGGUUAAACCUGCUGAGAGGUGGAGCUCUGAGUUCUGCUAUGUGGCAGGCCCUGGCAUUCGACCCCAUCCACCCGGUCGUAGCUGAGCCACACCUCGCAGCCCUGGAUAGGCGUCUGUCUGGAGUGGUAGCAACUGUCAAGCAGUGUAUGGAGGCACAGGGCCCCGACAACACUUUGAUAGAGGACCGAAUGAACCUCCCACACCCCUAGAAACAAGGGGCAGGAAAAAACGGAAUAACAGGAACAGCCAGGACUUUGGUUGACAAGCCUGGAGAAGAGGAGUGGGUCUCGGUGUUAAAGAGAUGCAGUGAGUAAAUGGAUCAACAGGGUGGAACAAAGAUUGUGUAUUUCUCCCUCUCUGGUUCUUUCCUUGUUUGUCACUUUGAUAAGACUGGAGUGGUGGAUUGAAAAUGCUGCCACCUUCAACCUAUAUAAACGUUUUCUCAGGACUGUUGUACACUAUAGGACGAUAUCUACAGUAAGAACCCCUCCCACUACUACUCCCGGUUGUGACAACACUCCUACCUUUUGCCAAAUUCUCCCACCUGGACCAGCUUUUCCUCAAGACUCAACCAAGGAGAGGAGAUGGAGCUUAUGGAGGGAUGUAGACACUCAAAGGAGCAGGAGGGAAGGUGAAAAUGAGCCACCGACAUCUUGAUGAAGCACUGUACAGCCAUGUUGAAGGCUGUUUGGAACUUCUAGUCCAAGAAACUGAAAACAUUCCUGUUGAAUUAACAGGAAUUAAAUCCAUUUUAGAACAGACUUAUUUUUCCUCGACAUGAAAUCGAACUUUGAUUGGAGGGAAAAGAGAAUUAACUCAGCCCUUCCCCCAUCAUUAUGUACAUAUUUAACUAAGUAGUGACAUAGAAUUAUGAGAUGAAAGAAUAUAAAUUUGUGAAUUAUAAUAUUAAAUAAACUUAAGGGUGCGUGUGUGUGUGGGUGUGUGUGUGGGUGUGUGUGUGUGGGUGUGUGUGGGUGUGGAAGAGCGCCAUAUUGUGCCGUAAAUAAGAAAAGCUACUGACAUGACAGACUUGAACUGAGGGGACACAGAGGGAGGUGUGUGGGUUCAUCUUCAGCAUUAAACUAUGAUCUAUUUAAUUGUGGUUCUCACUCAGUCAUCUUUUGUUCCAUGUGUUCACCAUCAAAAAGCACAGUCUGUUUUAUGUGUCGGUGCUGUCAGUGCUGCUAUAAAAAAAACAUUUGCUUUGAUGCAGCGCAGCGUUCAUGUUGGAAGGGACUUUCACUGUAGUCAUUUUUAGUAGCUCAGAUAUUUUUUAUUUUAGUCAGAUUUGUCCUGAGAUGCCUUACAGGUCAUAUCUGGAACACACUGGUUAUAGUUGACAUUUAAUUUAUAAUAACUCGUUUUCCUCUGUCACCAUCUCACUUCCUGUAAACUUUUGUUUUCCUUUUUACAAAUUUGAAUCACUUCUUGUAGGUUAAAUUUAGUUCAAAUUAAAGCAACAGUAACUCUUGUCACUUUCAUAUUAGUCAGAAA